UACCCAUUUGACAAAACUUAGUGCAAAACUAUCCCACAUUAAGCUCCCAAACCACUACAAUGGGUUCUCUCCCAUCUCCACCAAGACCCUCUUCUCCACCACCAUCACCAACUCAUUCUCUGUCCAACUACAGAGUCUGUGCCACAUUUUGCUUGAGAGAGCCCUCACCCAACUUGAACAUAUCCAAUUGGAUCGAAAUCUACGACCCAUCAACCAACUCUUGGACUCAUGUCACCUCAAUCCCUGGCCUCGUUGAGAACCACAUCCUGAAAGGUUUCUCCAUGGUCUCAAUGGGUGAUUCACUUUACAUAAUUGGUGGUCGGUUGUGCCACAAGGAGCUCUCUCACACUUCGGAUGAGUGCAGCUCGCUUGUGGAUAUGGAAGUUCAAGUCUCAUCAUCGGUGUUGCGUUAUGAUGUUGCGACUGAUCAAUGGUCCACUUGUGCACCACUUGGUGUAGCCAGGUGUGAUUUCGCCUGCACGGUUUCCGAUAACAAAAUCUACGUGGCGGGUGGAAAGACCACGCUGGCGUGUGCGAGAGGAAUUUCGUCGGCUGAGCUGUACGACCCUCAGCUAGACAAGUGGAUUCAUAUGCCAAACAUGAGCACAUUAAGGUACAAGUGCGUUGGUGUCACAUGGCAAAACAAAAUCUACAUUCUGGGUGGAUUUGCAGAGCCAGUGAGGAAAAACUCAGACGUGCCUCCUAUAAUGGUGCGCAGCUCUGCUGAGGUUUAUGACACACAAACAAAGAAAUGGGAACUGAUAAUUGGAAUGUGGCAAUUGGAUGUACCACCAAAUCAAAUUGUUGAUGUGGGCGGGAGGCUAUUCAGUUCUGGGGAUUGCUUCAAGCAAUGGAAGGGUCAUAUUGAAUCAUAUGAUGGUGAACUCAACAUAUGGAAUGAGGUUGAUGGGUCUCAUCUCCACAGUUUAAACUCACUGAUUUCAUCAGAUGACGAAAUGUGGGCACAUAGCCAAAGGCGUUACCUAACGAUGGCACCCAUCGGAGAUCACUUGUAUUUUUUGGCGAUUCAUGGACUAAUGGACAACGAUUUGCCGAGAACAAUGUCGAUUGUCCAUAGAUUCGACACUUCUGCUACGAGUAACAAUUGGACAAGCAUGGAGCCGAUGGAGGAGGACAGGGAGAAAGAGCUUUGUGGACAUGCUUGUGUUGUUCAUCUUUCUUAGAGCUCAAGCUUCAAGCAAAACCCCCCAAAAAAAAAUUAGCGUACUUGCUUAAUUAGUCUACUAUGAAUUAUAUUAUUGUAUGAGGUUUUGCUAACUGAUCCAUCAGUUUACUGGGCUAGUCCAGAUGAUUUUGCAUACCUUGUGACAAAAUAAGAAGACCAAAUCUUGUAAAAUAUAUUGCCUUUUUCUUCUUUCAUUAAAUUAUUUCUUGAACUUUGUAUUA